GUAACCGACAGUAGCCCUUUGGCGGUGAACCGCACACGGCGCGCCCUUGUUUCGACCGUGAUCAAUCAUCGGAGGUGUCCGAGGCUUAUAUUUCACAUUCUGUUACACCCAACCCAAUAUACCGUCUAUUUCACAUUCUGUUACACCCAAUAUACCGUCUCUCAUAGCUUUCUCGCAGUGUAAUUUGUAGCAGCUCACAUCAUGGCCAACCCGCAACGGAUUAUCAUCGACACUGAUCCGGGUGUAGACGAUGUAUCUGCCCUGUUGCUCGCGCUGUCUGCGAAGCCCGAGGAACUUGAAGUCGCAUUGAUCUCCGUGACUUAUGGCAACGUUGAUGUGCAGAGUUGUCUUCGCAACGUCGUGGCUGUAUUUCAUUUCAUCGAAAAGGAGCAAGAGUGGCGUCGUAGUCAGGGACUUCCUGAAGGCUUCGAGACGUUAAAGGCCAGCAAGCCUAUCGUUGCCAUUGGGGCCUCUGGACCGCUGGGUGAUCAAGUGAUGAUGGCUGAUUAUUUUCACGGCAUUGAUGGGCUCGGAGGCAUCUCUCACACGCAUCCCCAUCUCACGCCUCCUGAAGCAUGGAAGAACCUCUUCACAGCAACCAGCUCCUCCACAACCACCACACCCACUCCCACCCCCGCCGAGAUCAAAGCAGACGCACAAACCCUCUUCACCCCCUCCAACACCCCAGCCCACCUCGAAAUGCUCAAUCUCCUACGCGCCAACCCGCCAGACACAAUCUCCAUCAUCGCCGUCGGGCCCCUGACAAACUGCGCCCUGGCCGCCGCAUCCGACCCGGAAACCUUCCUCCGCGCGAAAGAAGUCAUCGUCAUGGGCGGCACCAUUGCCGAGACCGGAAACGUAACCCCCUGCGCCGAAUUCAACACCUUCGCCGACGCCAUCGCCGCCGCCCGCGUCUUCGCCCUCACAUCCCCCAGCCCAUCCACCACAAUGCCACCCUCACCACCACCCACCAACCCACCCCACCCCCACCAUCUCACCCCCUACCCUCACCCUCUCUCCCGACCCCUAAACCUAACCCUCUUCCCCCUCGACCUAACCUCCAAACACAUGCUCCACCGCACAACCUUCAACCGCACGCUCGCCCCUCUCCUCGCCUCCACCCCACCCUCCCCCCUCGCAACAUGGAGCAUAGCGUUCAUGAGCAGCACAUUCGACAAGGUUGCCGCCCUGCACCAUUCCACGCCGGGGCUGACGAUGCACGACCCGCUGUGUGUGUACUACGUGCUGCAGCGCGCGGCGGGGGAUGAUGAUGAUGAUGAGAGCGGGCGGGGCUGGACGAGUGUGGUGGAGGAUAUCCGGGUUGAGACGGCGGGGCAGUGGACGCGGGGGAUGAUGGUUGUUGAUCGGCGGGAUCGGAAUAGGAGGGUGGAGCACGACGACGACGAGAUUAGGGAGGUGCCUGGGGAUAGUGGGAAUUGGCUGAGUGUGCGGGCUGGGAACAGGGUUAGGAGGGUGACUGGGAGUUUGGGCGGGGAGAGGUUUGAGAGGGACUUUUUGGCGAGAGUCUUUGGAGGCUUUGUUGGCUGAUGGAAAAAAAAGUUGGGUUGAUGAGAGGGAAAUGGGGGUUUGCCUAGACGUCGACGAUACAUACGCCCACGUAGGCUAUAGAUUAACAUAGAACUAUAGAGGCCGGAACUCAGCAAGGAUUAUGGAACAUAUCUUCUUCUUGGACGGAGGUUCAAACACCAUGCAAAAAGCCCAGUGUACACUUGUUAAACUCCUCAUGCGGAGUUGUAUUACUGUAUGUAC